UCUUUGCAGUCGCUCUCCUCCACUCCUCCAGUGUGUGUUCGCACAUUGAGUUAGUUAUAAUAAGAGAACCGGAUGAUGACAUGUUCAUACCCGAGCUCCAGUGCUGAAAAGUGUACUUAAUGCUAAAUAGCUAUUUUAAAAAAAAGAUAACUAUUUAAUAAAGAAUAUCUCUAUGGCGGCACGUGAAGUCUGAUAUUGGACGCUUGAAGAGACAUUUCAUAUUUCAAAAGGAAAGAUGGGAUGUAACUGCAGUUCGGACUAUUCAGAAAGCGACUGGAUUGAAAACUUGGAUGAAAUCUGCGAACAAUGUAACUGUGCCAUACCUCCCCAAUCAUGCAAUCCAUACACAGACCAGCUGAUUCAUUACCCAUCACAGCAUUCACCUCCUACAUCUCCUUUACCAGACAACCUUGUGGUGGCCGUAUACAGUUAUGAACCCACCCAUGACGGUGACCUGGGCUUUGAGAAGGGAGACAAACUCAAGAUCCUCAACAAGGAUGAUCCAGAGUGGUAUUUGGCGGAGUCACUCACCACAGGACAGCAGGGUUACAUCCCUUUCAACUUUGUUGCAAUGACCACAGUGGAGACUGAAUCGUGGUUCUUUAAGAACAUUUCUAGAAACGAAGCCACGCGGCUCCUCCUCUCUCCCGGGAAUACGCAGGGCUCCUUCUUGAUUCGAGAGAGUGAGACCACCCAAGGCUCAUUCUCUUUAUCGAUCAGGGACUUGGACCACAACACUGGUGAAGUAGUCAAGCACUACAGAAUCCGCAACAUGGACAACGGUGGCUUCUACAUCACAACCAAGAUAUCCUUUAACUCGCUGAAGGAGAUCGUCCAGCAUCACUCACGCGACACAGAUGGGUUGUGCACAAAGCUGGCGAAGCCGUGUCAGUCGAGGGCACCGCAGAAGCCCUGGUGGCAGGAUGAGUGGGAGAUUCCCCGAGAGUCCCUGAAUCUGAAGCGCAGGCUUGGAGCAGGACAGUUCGGAGAAGUCUGGAUGGGUGUCUACAAUAAUGACAGGAAUGUGGCCAUUAAGAACCUGAAGAUAGGCACAAUGACGGUGGAAGCCUUCCUGGCAGAGGCAAACAUGAUGAAGAACUUACAGCAUCCACGCCUUGUCCGCCUCUUCGCCGUUGUUACCCAGGAGCCAAUCUUUAUUGUCACAGAGUACAUGGAAAAUGGAAGCCUAGUGGAUUACCUGAAAACAACGGAGGGAAGCAGUUUGCCCAUGAACACUCUGAUAGUCAUGGCGUCUCAGGUGGCAGAUGGCAUGGCUUUCAUUGAGGAGAAAAAUUACAUUCAUCGAGACCUGAGAGCAGCGAAUAUUCUGGUGUCCAAUGAGCUCGUCUGUAAGAUUGCCGAUUUUGGACUGGCUAGGCUGAUUGAGGACAACGAAUACACAGCAAGAGAAGGUGCAAAGUUCCCCAUCAAAUGGACGGCCCCUGAGGCUAUCAACUAUGGCACCUUUUCCAUAAAAUCGGAUGUGUGGUCAUUUGGGAUCCUCCUCACAGAAAUAGUGACAUAUGGACGCAUACCUUAUCCUGGUAUGUCCAACCCAGAGGUAAUCCAGAACCUGGAGCGGGGCUACAGAAUGCCAAAGCCAGAAAACUGUCCAGAGGGGCUUUAUAACGUCAUGUAUCUGUGCUGGGGGGAAAACCCAGAUGACAGGCCCACCUUCGAGUACCUGCGAAGUGUACUGGAGGAUUUCUUCACUGCCACAGAGAGGCAGUACCAGGAAUAGCCCUGAUUGGGCAGAAAGACAUACAGACUUACAAAAAAUAUAUUCAAACUAAAGGCACGACCUGUGAAAACGGAUGCUGGAUUUUGUUUUGUUCGAUUUUGGACAGUAGGCUUCAUGCCUUUAUAUUGAUAGGGUAGAAACUGAGAUUUCUCAAAUAAGAGUACUUUGUUUCUGCACCAAUUGUAUUCUGAAGUGGCCCUUAGAUAUGUUACAAUCACAUGUGGAACUAUGAACCAGGAAACUCUUGUAACAGCUGGACCGCUGCAGAGCCAACAACCAAAAGGAGAAUGAUCAGCAUGCUGCUUGAAUAGACUGGAAACUGUAGCUGAAUAAGUCGCUGCUCUGCUGGUGCACAUUAUUAAGAUGUAAAUACCCUCAAAGUGCUUCAGCUGUGUUUUACCUCUGCAAUUUUACCAAUGUUUUCUAAUGGUUUUACUUACAUUAAAAAAGCUUAACAUGGA